AUGUCUCAACCAGAGGAAGUCGUCUCUCCAGUCUCCAGGCGAGACGACUCGUCUUCUGAGAGCAUGGAAGACGCUGUUGAGAAGCAGGAGUUCCGCGAGGAUGUGCCCGAAACCGCCUCAGCUCGAUCAUUAACGAAACGAUCUCCCUCGCAGACACAGCAGGCGCCCCUGUCCGAUCCAGAAGCAAAAAGCACUCUCGAAAAGGAAUCCGCUCCCGCUGCGGCUCUACCCCCCGGCCAAACUGACGAAAGUGCGCCCACUCCCGAGAACCAGUCUACACAGGAGAAGCACCGUGACUCUGUUCAAUCCAGCCACCUAUCCGAUACGUCCAACCUAGAGAAUGUCAAUCUAGACGACGAUUUGACACCCCCACAAAAACAAGAAAACCCCACGUCCAAGAACCACAUCCCCAAGGAGACGUCCAAGACUCUCUCGCUAAGCAGCAUCACGAACGCACUUCCAUCUAUGCCCUGGUCCCCCUCUGCAGAUUCCGCAUCGCGAAGCCCUAUCCCGUCACCGCCAGCGCCUUCCACCCUAUCAACCAGUCAUAUCAGCGCCCCCGCACCACCUACCCGAAAACUCACAAGUCCUUUUUCCUGGCUCUCUCGGAACUCGACGCACAAGGACGGCAACACGUCUCCUCCUGCCACUCAGGUGUCGCCUAGGCGAAAUACAGCCAGCUCCAUCGCGACUCUGACAAGCAACCCGGAAAUGAUGCUAGGCAAGUUGGAUGAGGAGGGGACCUCCGCCAAUGGUACGACCAAUGCCAAUAGUUUGAAGGAUCGCUUUAAGCUCGUGCGAAUGAGAGAAGAGGCCGGGGUUACAGUGCCCACUGGCGAUGACGACAAACCCGGCCCUGUCCCUAUCACACCUGGCACCCAUAAGCCUCCCAGUGUAAAGAGCAACGAGUCGGCAGACAAGCACCUUGCCCCUGGCACUGCAUCGGGCGUCUCCGCCGGUCCCUCGGCAAUUGCUGAAGCGGACGUCGACUGGGAUCUCUGGCAAUCCGUCGUUUACGAAGGUCCGGCGGCCGUGGCGAGGUCUAGCGCAGACGAGCUCAAUAGAGCUAUUGCUACCGGUAUUCCCAGCGCCAUCCGCGGGGUCGUGUGGCAGGUGCUAGCGCAGAGCAAGAACGAAGAACUCGAGCAGGUCUACAAGGAACUCGUCACCCGCGGCAAUGAGAAACAAAAGGACCGAAACAGCAAUGGCACCUCUGCGAGCGCGACGACGAACGGCUCUCUCGCGGUGCAGAACGACGCAGUUGGUUCGUCGGCGUCCUCCAUUCACUCCGACCACACUGGAGCCAACGGAACCCCCUCUCCACGAACCCCUAGCGAGAAGUUCCUCACUGAGGCAGAGAGGAAGAAGAAGGAAAAGGAAGAUGCCGCAAUGCUUCAGAAGUUGGAAAAGACGAUCCGCCGAGAUUUGGGCGCCAGGACAAGUUAUUCCAAGUAUGCCGCCGCAGCUGGGCUUCAAGAGGGCCUCUUUGGAGUCUGCAAGGCAUAUGCUCUCUUUGAUGAGGGCGUGGGGUACGCACAGGGCAUGAAUUUUCUGGUCAUGCCUAUCCUCUUCAACAUGCCCGAAGAAGAAGCCUUUACCCUCCUAGUGCGGCUGAUGAACCACUAUAACCUAAGGGACCUCUUCAUCCAGGAUAUGCCCGGACUCCACCUUCGCCUAUACCAAUUCGAACGCUUACUUGAAGAUCUCGAACCCGCCCUAUAUUGCCACCUCCGCCGCCGAAACAUCUCCCCCCAUCUCUAUGCGACGCAGUGGUUCCUCACAUUAUUCGCCUACCGCUUCCCAUUGCAACUAGUUCUUCGAAUCUACGACCUGAUCUUAUCCGAAGGCCUUUCUGCCAUUUUACGGUUCGGCGUCGUCCUAAUGCGAAAGAAUGCAGCGGCCUUGCUUGCGAUCUCGGAUAUGCAGCACCUCACGACCUUCCUCAAAGACAAACUAUUUGACGUGUACAUAGACAAGGACCCAAGCGCGGGUAGCAUUCUUGAGAACGGCUUCUUUGGCAGCUCCAGCUCGAACCUGGACAAGGAAGUGUACAGGGCUGACCAGCUCGUGCGGGACGCGUGCGAGGUCAAGCUGACGCCGGAACUUCUAAAGAGCUACACCGUCGAGUGGGAGGAGAAGACCAAAGCGGAAAAGGAUCGCGAGACCGAACUCGACAACUUGAGGACGACGAGCGCGAGCCUUGCCAUCAAAUUGCGGAAGCUCGAGGAGCGCCUCGAGGCCGCCGACACGGAGCAGGCGGCUAUGGCCACCGAAUUGGUCCAUACGAAGGUCGAAAACGAGGAGCUCAAGGAUGAGAACGAGAGCCUCAAGGGCCAGGUCAGGGAGCUCCGCGUUGUCAUCGAAAAGCAACCGGAGGAGAUUGAGCAGGCGUGGCAGCUGGAGAGGGAUGACUUGAUGAAAAGGAACCAGAAGGUCCACGACGAGAACCAGCGGCUGGAACAGGAGUUGACCAACCUUGAAGAGCAGCUUGUGCAGACUAAGAUGCAGUAUGCAGAGAUUAACUCUCAGCACGAAGCACUUACUCGCCGGUGGACCGAUCUCAAGCGACAGUUUGUCUAA